AUGAUAGAAGAUUUCAUAUCAUAUAAUGACUUAUUAAAAAUAUUAGGAGUCGUUGUUUUUUGUGUUGUUAUGUAUUUUAUCAAUGGAUUUAACAAAAACCUUGCUAGAAAAUUAGCAAAUAAAAUACAAAUUGGAAAUACAAAAUUUAAAAUUGGAAUUAUAGGAGAUGUAACUGAAUAUGAAAAUAAUGCAAAAGUUGUCAUAGAAAAAGCUUUAAGUACUUUUAUUAGAAUUGGUGGAAAUGUUCUUCAAACAAAUGUUGUUGUAAAAACUCCUUCAAAACGUGGAAUUCUUGAUGUUGUUCGACCAAUUGCAGAACAAUUCAAUAUACAUAUGGUUGGGAUUCAUUUUAUUCCCGAAGUCAUUGAUGCUAGAAAGAAACGAGAGAUUCUGGAUGAUGAAAUUGAUGUUCCUAAUUGGAAAAAAAAUGGUGAUGAAUCUCCUCUUUUUUUAAAGAAUGUUGACCAACUAAUCUUAUUAGUUGGUAAAACAAAUGAUGAAGUUUCUAUGAAAGAGUUUGAUACUUUCAAAGGAGCUAAAGUGAGGUAUGACCUUUGUUCUCCUAAUUUCACUCAACCUACUCGAUGUGAAAAUAUGAACUGA